GGUUCAACUGUGACCUCGAAGCUCAAGGUAGUUCACUAGGCUUCGCUUAUACCCGUCCUGUUUUUCCGCCGUGCAGACUACUUAUUCUGAGUCAAAAAACUGACAACAUCGGUUGCUGAUCGGAUAUCCGCUGGUUGAGCACAACUUAGUUUAUACAAAUUCGACUAUCUUAAGAUCACUUUCUAAUGAAUAAUCCAAUUGAACCGUGCGAAUCUGUUGCAAUUAAUGACACGUCCACCUUGCAAAACACCGUCAAAGAUUUAUGUCACAGGCUAGAGAAAAACCCUUUCGAUUAUAAUGCACACGUACAACUCAUCGAGUGUCUACGAAAAAUAGGCGAUUUCAAGAGACUCAAAACUUCGCGUGAGCGUAUGCACGAAACCUAUCCACUUACUCCAGCACUGUGGCUUCAAUGGAUCGAGGAUGAGCUUAAUAAUGCUUCUACACUUGAAGAAAAGCGACGAGUGGAAAUUCUUUUUAAACGUGCGAUUGAUGAUUAUGAAGAUAUCAAUGUAUGGUUGGAAUACUGUCACUUCGCAAUCUCUACUUCGGAUUUUAGUUCUGCGGAUAGUAUAAAGCAAGCGGAAGUCAUUUUUGAAUCUGCUUUGUCACAUCAAGGACUUAAUGUUGUUGGGGGUUCGAUGCUAUGGGAGAUCUAUCGUGAAUAUCUCACUGUAGUGUGGUCUCAGCUACCACAAGAUCAUAAGGAAAUGAAACUAGAACAACUGAAUAAAAUGGACCGUCUAUUUCAGCGUCAACUCAGCAUUCCACAUUUGAAUAUGGAGGAGACAUUAACUGAAUAUAAAACUUUCCUGUCUGAUAUUGGUGUAGAACUAUAUCAACCAAGGGAAAAUUCAGAUUCCUUUGUACCACAAGAAAUCAAAACGGAAUAUGAGAAAGCUUUAGAGCGUUUGGCUGUUAUUUUACCAUUUGAGGAAUCCAUAGAAGAAUCUACUGACAAGUCAGAAGCGGAAUCUGUUUCCAGUUGGAAUACGUAUAUUGAUUGGGCCGUUCAUUGUGCAAAACGAAAAAAGCCUAAAACAUCUAAAAAUACUGAUAGUAAGAAUAAUGAGAAUACUUCUAACAAUUUUGUUGUAUCACCUAAUGAGUUAUGCUGUCUUUUCGAGCGUGCUAUUACAGCACAUUGUUUAGAUACAUCUUUUUGGAUACGUUAUGCAGACUAUGUGGAAUCUCAGCUAGAAACGGAUGUUCUGCGUUUGCAAAAGUUAUUGUCUCGAUCAGUUCGUAAUUGUCCUUGGUGUGUCGAGUUAUGGCAGCGUUAUGCAUUAGUCACUGAAGCUGUGAUUCUUGAAAAUAUUUCAUUCAAAUCAAAUACCAAUGGAACACAACAGGAAUCUGUUUCCAAUGAGUCUGAUCUAUUUAAAGAGGUUGAUGGUAUAUAUGAAACAGCUCUAGCAGCUGGUUUCACUAAUCCAGAUGAUGUAUUGAAAAUUUGGCGUAGUUAUUGUGAUCAUCAUUUGCGUAGACUUCUUUUAUUAGAUAAGAGUUCUUUAUCUUGGGAAUAUCGACUGUCAUUACUUCGAGCAACAUUUGGUCGAGCUAUAGAAUAUUGUUUUGAAUUAUUGCACUCUCAAUCAAAUGUUGAUUGGUCACUUUUAAAUUAUUAUGCAUUUGUUGAAGCAAAGUAUGUGGAAGAUAAAGAGCGUGCUCGUUCUCUUUGGACAAGUUUAAUAAAGUUACCUGGACAUGGGAGUCGAGCUGAAUACUGGAUACCUUAUAUUCAAUUUGAACAGACUUGGGGUGAUAUGAAAAAUUUACUUCGAAUAUGUGCUAUGGCUAUUAAUUCAAUUAAUUUUGACCAAUCAGAAUUAGUAUUUCAAGUGGUUUUACGUGCAGUUGGUGAAACUGGGGUACCUGUUAAACAAUAUAGAGAUAUUAUUACAAAAAUACAUGCACGUCGAGCUUCUUUAAUGGAGUCUGUUAAAGAUGUUCAGUCGACAAAGUCAGAUACUGAGAUACCAGUUAAAUUAAUGGAAACCAAAUUAUCUGGUUCAAGAAAACGAAAACUACCUGAUCAUCAAAAUGAUGCUGCCACGUUAAAAUCAGCCAAAGUAUCAAAACCUAAUCCUACUUCUCAUGGGACAUUUGUUCCACACGAUCCAUCGAAAAAUGAGUUUACAGUAUUUGUAAGUAAUCUUGAUUAUUCAGUCAGUGAGGAACAAAUUCGGCAUACUUUUGAAAAGUGUGGAAAUGUGACAUCUGUUCGUCUCGUACGUGAUUACGCUGGUCGGUCGAAAGGAUUCGCCUAUGUUGAAUUCGAAAAUAAAGAGUCUGUGAAAAAUGCACUUACACUGGAUAGACAAGGGAUUACACGUCCGACCUCAGAAAGUGUGCCAUGUGACGCUGAUAGCCAAAAACAAAAAGAAGAGGAUAAUGCAACAAUUCCAAAACCACCUAAUUGUUAUGAUCGUCCAAUGUUUGUAUCGAUAUGUGAUCCAAGCAGACUUAAAUCAUGUGGAUUUAAAUAUACGGUUGGCAAAAAAGAACCUGAAAAGUUAUUUGUGCGAAAUUUAGAUAAAGCUGUAAAAAAUGAAGAUUUGGAAAAGUUAUUCAAGCAGUAUGGAAAUAUUGUGAGUAUUCGUCUAGCAACAUAUCGUAACGGUGUCCCAAAAGGUCAUGCCUACAUUGAAUUCACGAAUGCAGAUGAUGCCAGUAAAGCGUUAGUUGCCACAAAUGGCUUAGAAUUCAGAAAUAAAAUAUUGUCAGUAUCUAUUAGUGAACCACCUGUACGUGAUGGAAGUGGUCCGCAAGGCUGUAAAUCAAUUACAUCAGAAGAAAAAAAAGUGUUCAAAACCCCCCAAAUUAUUAAUUUGAGUGGUUCUCAUCCCAUCGGAACUAGUGUACGGAAAUCACGAACGCAGUUAGAAUUUUUGCCUCGUGCAGUUCAUCGAACACGUGAAAUUCAAGAUCAAGUGUCAGAAAGUAAGAUGGAUACUGAAACUAUCGACCCUCAAUCAUCCACCGUUACUGGUAGUAAGGAUAAUGAGUACUUUCGAAGACUAUUGAAGUGACGCACGACCUAACGUUUCUCUUGUAAAUUAUUGAAUAUCAAUUUUUAUAAUAAACCCUAUGGUCAGUUUAUUGGCACCGGUAUCCCAAAACCCAGUUCUUUCUAAGCUUCUUGUUAGCUAAACUUUCUGGUUAGUGCUUUCCUAACCUUCCUAAUAUACUUGAUCAACUGAAAAUACGGAUGAGAUUUCUUAUCGGUUAAAAAUGUGUGUAAUGCGAAAUGUGGUGUAAUUACUUCUACAAAGUUUGACUGCUAAUCAUAAGGAUGUAACACACUGUAAUUAUAAAUUGUAAGCUUGUUCCAUUUUAACGGGUGCUUGAUCAUAAGCUAAUGCUCAAAAUAAAAGGUACGAGUUCUCCUAACGUGUCACAGACGCAUGACAUUUAGCCCACAGUACUCAGCCAAGCAUCAAACAGAAUUUGGACCUCAAUUGUCGUUGAAGGCAGUUGGAACGUGGAGUGAUGUUUUGUUGUUUACUGCCCCAAGGAAUCUUAUGUGGCGACUGAGAGCGUUGCUAACAUGUAGUUUUCUAAUGACUAAACUUUGGCUUCGAUCAGAAUGCUUGGUUAAAACAAGGACGAUAUUCAAAGAUAUUGUUGCAACGAAAGCUCCUACUUUUUUCACAUGCUUUUGCUGGAGAUUACCUGAACUGUACUAGUCAUCUUACACUAAUUGAAAUAUCCUUGUUGGCUAAGUUCUUCUAACAUUAUCAUCGUCGUUAAUCUCUCAGGAAUUCGUAUUUCCGUUUUUAAACAACAACAGUUUAUUUAACAUAGUCUGUUCUUCCUUAGGAUUCUUCCAUUUAGAAACACUCGUGUGGACUGUGAAGAUCCUGUAUACUGAGAUUAAAUAGGCGUGAAUUUUGCAUUUUGUGAUAGUUUCUUUCACAUAUAUCAUUCCAUCAAGUGCACAACCACGUUAGCUGAACCCGAUACACCGAGAAAAAGCUUCCAUUGGUUAGUUCCUACAGAACUUGUCAACUCGCUCUAAUCCACGAUCUUUCUCAAUUUCCUCAAACAGUGCUUCUACAUCAACGUAAGGAGACUUUGGAUGAAAGUAGGAGAACUCAGGAAAAUUUGUUUUCUCAUGCUAACGGGAACGUGGCUUUCGUUUGAAGUCGAGUGGCUUCUUCAUGUCUGACAAGAAGAAAGAGUGCCAUAAUGGAUGGCCGUAUUACAGGAUAAUCUUGUUUAAGUUGGUUCAUUAAAUCUAUCCCUAAAGGAUAGAGACAUAAUCUCAUUUAUUAUAUGAUCAUUAAUUUGUGGAUUGAAUGCUUACCAUUGGGGGCGAUUUGAUUCGUUACUUUUUGGAUAGAGCACUAUUACUGGAUUAUUGGGAACCCUUUUAUGUAUUUAGCAACUGAUUAUACAAUCUGUCGCUGAAUUUUGCGUUCUUAUCAGUUGGCCAAAGUUUUAUUCUGGCCCAAUUUCGGUUUUUAUAUGUAUUCUUGUUCUUAGCACAUUUAAACUUUUCUACCUACUUACUACGUUACUAUGUUUCACCUUAUCGCCUUUUAGUAACGUUAAAAUACAGCGCAUUAUAGAAUCAUCCCGGUACAGAUCUAUUAAACCUCAUUGGGUUUAGGAUUUCACAAGUUCUUUUCUCUUCUCAGUAGCACAAAUGAUCAUUUAUACCUCAGUCUACCUAUAUGUGUUAGUACAAUUAGUGUAUCGUUCAUUUAACUAUGAAGACAAUAGUCUCUUAAAUCGGAAUAUCGACCUAAUUUCAAACCAAUCAUCUACCAAAGGAUCGGGAGGUCAGAACUGGUAUAUGACACUCGCCACAGCUGUUGCCAAUAAAGAUGCAUAUUUACCCGAACUUAGUCGUGCGGCUAGCUACAAUACGUUUGAAGAUACUGGGGGUCGUAUCUCACUUGUAGUAUCAGUGAGAAACAAUCGGACUAUCCGAAGGUAUGAUUAGAAUCCCGUGUUACUACAUAUAUUCAAGUUAUAAAACAGUAAGUGCUGUGAUAAAGGGUAGUGUUGUAAGUAGUUUCAGUUUUCGGACUUCUUAGAAAACUAGAGUAGCGUUCACUUAUGAUGUGAAACAAAACAAAUUAACGGGGUGUGAAUUUGCGACUCUUCGUGUUUCCUUCUGAAUUCAUGCUUUGUUGAAAUUUAAAUACGGUUAUCAUGAUGAAUAAUAAACGGAGUCUAAGGAAUAACGUGGAAGCCAAAGCACUACAGGACUGCUUCAUUCACUUUAGAAACAUAAACAACUGGUAUUGUCAAUCACAAGUCAAACGACAUCUAGAAUAGUAAUGAUAAAUUACAUAUAAUAUUAAACAGUAUGGUCAAUAAAAUCGGAUAAAUUAAACCAUUGAUUGAUCAACUGUCAAAACGUUUAUGCACAUAACUUACAAAAACGACAGAUUAUGUGACUUGAUAAGGAAGUGCAUUUGGGAUACAAUCAGCUGGAGAGUAACGUAGUAGUUUCCAAGGUCGUCUAGUCAUCGCGUGCAAAGCAGAACUCUGUUGUGAAGCGUUUCUUCGCACAGCUCGCUCAUGAAGAAAUGUUCAGGAACGUGGAUAUGGUAAAAGGGUGGUUGACGCAGCAGCGUAGGUCCUCUCUGUUCAACUGAUAGCUGUAUCUGCGUCAUUACGAUUUCUUUGUUUUAGUUCGAACUCAUAUCCGGUAGCUGCGUAAGUGUCAAUGAAAGAAUUUGUAAGUAUCGGUCUGGAUUAUCGGGCAGAGUAAGGAAAAGUAAUUUGAAGAUAAAUUGGACCUUUCUGUAUUGCGUUCGAAGACCAUAUUCAUCUAACAUUGAUACCAUAAUAUUGUUCUUUAGUAUUCUAUCCACUUCGUUAAGGGGACAUAGAUUAAAUUAAAGCAUAUUUCAUGAACGAUUGGCGAAUUUUUAACCAAUCAGCGCUAGUCGAUACUUGGAAAAGACUACAAUUUCCUCACACAAAAACUAUAAAUAUACUAACGUUUUGUGCUCCUUACUUCCACUUACCCUUGUCAUUUGGAAUAUGAUUUCCUUCCUGUUCAACCGUGUUCUGAUUCAGGGACUUGUCGAGUGCAUUGGUGUCCAAGGAUAUUAAGUAAUAGGAAUAGCCGGGUCGUAAUAAGAGAAUUAUAACAGGGUUAUUAGAUGAAUGUAAUUUACUUCGUGUAAUAACUUAUCCACUUCGAAAGUAAUUGCGUUGAGUUAAGGCGAGCUCUACUCGUCAUCUACAGCAUCAUUUCUCUGAAGUUCGCUCGUGACACCGAUCGAUUAAUGCUGAAUGAUAUUGGGGGCUGAACUUUACUUCUGGAGCACGCUGCUCGAAACUAUUAAAAUCGAUAAAUGUCCAGUCUCUUCUUUCAUAGUAAACAUUCGACCAUUUACAGGAUACAAAUUGCGUUUUCCCUAUCCAGCCAUCUCUACACAUGAUUCCGUUGGAAACAAUCCUCACUAAUUCCUAUAAUACGAUCAAAAUCAAACAAGAAAUCACUGCAGCCAUGAACCGAAGGCAUAGAUCAAGGACAUCACCGACUGCUGUACAAAACCUAGCUUUUGUCAACAGCAAGGAGCAUAGGGUGGCUGUUAGAAAAAUGCAUCAACUGCAUGCCUCCCAAAACGCUGAAAAUCAAAGCUGAAGGUAUCAGAAAAUGCGACUGUUACACCGGUGUGGUGAUCAGAAUGUGGCCAAAUGUCCAUCUCAUCAAUUUAGAGCAACUUUGAAUACAGUACAUGUUACGGAGCACAUUUCAUUAUCGUUCUAGCGGUCAUCGGUUAGGCGUUCAUCUCAAAUUCAAGUUAGACGUAACGAGCGUUAAGAUGCAAAACGUGCCACUAUAAUAUCACCAACAAAAGAGCAUGAUGGUCUGUGGAGUACUCGAACUGUAACGUACUAGUCUGGACGAAGCUCUCGGACACGAUGUGCUAAAAUGACGGUAGCUAUCACGCAACAUAAACCUUCAUACUACUGUGAAAAUAAGCGUGUCACAAAAUCCUCGUUCAUUAUACCUUCGUAACUAUGGGUGUUCAUCUUCUUGUCGAUAGAAGAAAUCAGGUAAGUGAUCGAAUAAGACUUUAUUCAGAUCAUGGAACAUAAGCCCAAGCAACACAAAAAGGGGAAAUAAAGCGGACGAAAGGGGAAAUAAAGGGGAAAUGUCGCUUUUUCGCCUUUACGUCGGUUAUUUAGGGGAAAUGUCGCUCUUUCCCCCCUACGUCGUGUAUUUGGGGGAAAUUUGUCUACAGUUCUACGUAACGUACAGUGUUUGAAU